AUGUCAGAUUACAAUCAAUUUCUCAAUCAGUAUGAAGAUGCCCCGGAAGACGGGAUAGGCAGUACGUUCCAAUCCGUGCUGCCUACAAAGAAUCUGAUUGCAAAUGUCGAUGUGUCCCAUCCGUCCCCGAAUCCACUGUUGGAAAACAAUACAGUUGGGAGAGAGGUGGGUGAUUACUUUGGCAUCACGAUUGGAGGCCCCUUGAGCUACCUGGGGUUCGCACCGGGGUCGGAGAGCAGCACGGCCAAUCCUGGAGACACAUAUGUAUUUGUGGGACAGGAUCUCGGGGACAACGGGAGCAGCUGGUCCAAGAUCCGGAUCCCAAUUCCUGCCGGAUGCAUCGGUCCUGAUAACCUCACCGCUGCCUCCGUCACCAGUGCAAAGCUUGCCCCUCAGACUACCAUCAGGAUCCAAAACAAUGGGGACUCGGUAGACCUGUCCUCAGAUUCCGUGAACGCAAUCAUCUUUGGCAACAAAACGGACGGUGCAUGGAGCAACGUCCGCGGGUGGGUUAUGCCAGGCACCGCAACCAAGUGCACCCAAGACCAGAGAGUCGUGCCCCUUGUCCACUCCCACCUGGAGUAUUAG